CCACCUGAUUGGACAGCUCGGCUCACGCGCCUCCUCUCUCUUAUCAAACACUGUCCAUUUUUUUCACUCUCAGUCACAACGUUACAGUUUGAUUAAGUUCAAAGGCAGCAUGGCGAAGAAGGCCGUUUGUGUUCUUAAAGGCACUGGAGAAGUGAACGGCACUGUUAAUUUCGAGCAAGAGGAUGACAAGUCUUCAGUGAAGCUCUCGGGUAAAAUCACUGGCCUUACUCCUGGAAAGCAUGGUUUCCAUGUCCAUGCUUUUGGAGACAACACAAACGGCUGCACCAGUGCAGGUCCGCACUACAACCCUCAUAAUCAAACUCACGGUGGACCAACUGAUAGUGUCAGACACGUCGGAGACCUUGGUAAUGUGAUAGCUGAUAAAGAUGGUGUUGCAGAUAUUGACAUUGUGGAUAAAAUGGUGACCCUGUUUGGGGAAUACUCCGUCAUUGGGAGGACCAUGGUGAUCCACGAGAAAGAGGAUGACUUGGGUAAAGGAGGCAAUGAAGAAAGUCUUAAAACCGGCAACGCUGGAGGUCGUCUGGCCUGUGGUGUUAUAGGCAUCACUCAGUGAAGUCCAGCUUUAAUCAGAAUGGUGACCAAUCUGGAUUCCCUUCCCGUUAGCACUUGGCCCACUGAUGAUUAUGAUCUCUAUUUUUGCAAGUUAAUGUUUAAGUAAUUAUACUUUAACCAUGUAAAGCUGUUUUUCCACACACCUCUAUUUGGGCACUAUUUAGCUACAAAGUGAUGUUCGUUUCCUCUGAUCUCUGCUUUAUUCAAUAAAGACUGAGCAGACUGGA